CCAGCCUCACGGCGGAAACGGAAGCGGAAGCGGAAUCUGAGCUUCCGGUUCGUUCUUCUCCGUUAUUGUUCUUCUCGGUCGGACCUAAACCCUUCGCCCGGGCUUAACCUCGAAGGCGCUCCGGGGUUUAGGAUUGUCGACAUCGAUCGAGAGGGUUCGGCAUUUCUUCAUCGGGAGGAUCGAUUUGCUCGAGGAUCUGACACCGGCGAGAGGAGUGCGAGAGCGCAUGGACAGGUCUCGCCGAGUUUGCCGACGAUGGUGACGAUGAUGCCGAGGCCGUAUCUCCAAAUGCUGACGGCCUCCAAGUGGAUUUCUAAGGUUGAGUGUUUGGGUGCUGUGAGGAGGGAGGAAUCUCUCGGGCGUGCGGGAGGAAGAGUUGCAUCUGCAAUUUUGCACCCUCGGGUCGGGUGGUUGAGGAAUUCGAAUGGGGAUCGGGAUUUUGGUGGGUGGUCGUGGAAGAAUGCCGAGGUUGGGCUUUCGCGUGUCGGUCACCGCCAUUUCUGUGCCUCGGUUGGGACGGCGGACGUGGAGAAAAGUGCUGCAGACGAAGGUGGUCUCACUGCUCCUUCCAGGCCCACCCUGAAGGAACUUUGUGACGGAAUGGUGCCCCAACAUAUUUUGGAGAAAGCUGAGGAGCUGGGUUUCAAGUAUCCCACGGUAGCACAGCAGGAUGCGCUCCCUCUCCUUCUGUCUGGCACUGAUUGCCUACUUCACGCCCAGACAGGUUCUGGGAAGACACUCGCUUACCUUCUCCCAAUUUUGUCGAAAUUGGUUCCCAGAGCAGCAGUUCAAGCUGUCAUCGUAGUACCGACUCGAGAACUGGGAAUGCAGGUUGCAAAGGUAGCCCGAACUCUGAUGGGGAAAUCCCUCAAAAGUGUGGACUCUGAUACAGAAGGAAAGGAAGCGGGAAAAGUAGCAGGUAAAGGCGACGGGAAAGGCACUCUCACCGUGAUGACUCUUUUAGAUGGCGGUUCAGCAAGUCGUCAAAAGAAGUGGAUCAAGGCUGCUCCGCCUCAAUUGAUUGUGGGAACUCUGCGGUGUCUGAUUCGGUUGAUAGAGUCAAACCACUUGAGGACGAAUGCCAUCACCACUCUGGUCAUUGAUGAGGUUGAUACACUACUCGGCUCUGCGAAAGAAGGCAACAAUUUGCAGAAUCUUCUCGCAGUUCACACUCGUGCUACUGAUAGGCAAACAAUCUUUGCAAGUGCCACCAUCCCACAACACAACAGGUUUCUUCAUGAUUGCAUACAGAACAAAUGGGCCAAGGGUAACAUUGAACAUAUUCACGUGAGUCCUGAGGUGAUGAUGCCCCUGUAUCUUCAACAUCGCUACGUGAUUUGUGACAAUGAAGACAAGCUAGAUAUGCUGGUCGCAGUCAUAAAUGAAGACUGUCCUCGAGCAGCCAUAAUAUUUGUGAAUGAACAGAAUGAUAAGGCUAGAAGAAAUGGUGAUACACCAGCUACAAUCACUACAGCUGAGUUCCUCUCAGAGAAGCUGAGAUUGGGUCAACUCGGAAACGGUGAGAGAGAAAGGUGGGAACCUCUGAUUUUGGAGGAAGACGAUCACAUCAAUCAGCGCGUGUCAACUCUUUCCGACUUCCGAGAGGGGCGGUGUCUCCUGGUGGCCACCGAUUUAGCGGCAAGAGGCUUAGACCUUCCAGAAGUGAGCCAUGUUUACAACAUUGAUCUUCCGCCUAAUGUUACUUCUUACAUUCAUCGGGCUGGAAGGACGGGACGACGACCUAUAGAAGAGGAGCAGGGCUUCGUUACUAACUUCAUCAUAUCGAAGGAGCUGUUUGUUCUUAAGCGCAUCGAGAAUGAGUCACAAUCCAGAUUUACACCUCUGCAUCUGGAUGCAGCCGCAGACAGAGAAUAGUGUACAUACGUUCCCUAGAGAAGAGAUGGUCAGGGUAGGAAUACGUUCACUGUUUUUUGGUGUAUAAUAAAGACUACUGUACAUUUUUCCGCCCUUGUGAAG